CGUAAUCGAAAAUCUCUUUACCAAGGAAGAGGGCAAGCGAUUAAAUUUGAAUCGCUUGAUAUAUUUACUAGUUUAAGUGAGGGACAGCGGAGUUUGUCGUCUUGUGCUGAAGGAAAGAUGAAGGGAAUUAUUCUAUUCACACUUUUGACCAUCUGGUCAAAUGUAGAUUGUACGCCGUGCUCAUAUUCUCCAUCGCAGUGGUGUACCUCUGUGGACUCAGCCAUCGAAUGUGGGGUUCUGAAGCAGUGCCUGGAAGCCAAUGCCACCAAGCCCAACGCACCGGUGCAACCAGUGCAGGUGGAGCUGUACUUUGAGAGUAUGUGCCCAGGAUGCAGGUUUUUCCUCACCUCACAGCUCCUUCCCACAUGGACCAUGUUGCAGGACAUCAUGAGUGUCACACUGGUGCCCUACGGAAAUGCACAGGAAUCUUUUGAUGGGAAGCAGUAUCGGUUCACCUGCCAGCACGGUGAGGAGGAAUGUCUUGGCAACAUGAUCGAGACCUGUAUAUUGAAUAUUACAGGAAGCAAAGCAUUCCAGAUCAUCUACUGCAUGGAGGCCUCCACUGAUGUAGUUAAAGCGGGAGAGAAGUGUGUGGCGCUCUAUGACCCGAACACCAAGUGGGACAGCAUCAUGACCUGUGUGAAGGGAGACCAGGGGAAUCAGCUGAUGCAUCAGAACGCAGUGAAGACUGGUGCUCUGAAGCCAGCCCACAACUAUGUGCCUUGGAUUGUCAUAAAUGGGGAGCACACCGAUGACCUUCAGGACAAAGCAAUGUCUUCACUCUUCACUCUGAUCUGCAGCAUGUGGAAGGGGCCCAAGCCUGAAGCCUGCGGUGCAGCUCGGAUGAAACGACACAGAAGUUACUGCCAUGACGAGUAAAUCAUCUACUUCUCACCAUACCGCAAUAUGCCUUAGUGUUCAACUUGAAUGACCAAAUAGGGAUGGUAAAUCUGAACUUUUAAAUUUGUUUGACACACUAUCAAUAAUGUUUUAACCUGGUUUGACUGUCAGUAUCACAUAGUUCUUCAGAUAAUCAAGAAAAGGGACGUCAUGUGCUGUAUCAUUGCUCAAUGAAUGAGCCUUCUGUGGAAUGAGCUAUGUGAAAUAAACUCUGAUAGCAAUCUAUUUUUAUAAACGGAUGAAAUUAAAGGAAACUAUUUUAAAAGGA